UCUGCUGAAGGAAGCACAGACAACAGACGCAAGAUGAGACAAGUUCUAGUUUUUGGUGUUGCUUUUGCCUUAUUCUUCUUUGUUCAGUGUAUGCCAGAUUUCUGUACCAUUCCCAAGAAUGAGGGCACAGGCACAGACAUCCAGAUUGUUUUGUAUUAUGAUGCCAUCAGGGACAAGUGCUAUCCUUUCAGAUACACAGGAGUCGGAGGGAAUGGCAAUCGCUUUGUAAAUGAGAGGGAUUGCAUGAGGAACUGCUCUGCUAACGCAGAGGAUGUGUACCCUAUAGAUGAAACAAUAUCUUGUCACUUUCCGAAGGCUACUGGUGAAUGCUAUGGCCACUAUUUGCGUUUCUACUAUGACCCCAUCCAUGAAAAAUGCAAGUCAUUCUAUUAUACUGGCUGUGUUGGGAAUGGAAACAGAUACUUAAAUCCGUUCAAAUGCAACGCUACAUGUGCUAGUAUCAAAGAUGACGGUGAUACUGAUGAGGAUUUAGAAACAGACACACCAAUUGCAUUGAUUCUCGGAAUUGUGUUUGGUCUCGCCGGCGCAAUCAUCCUCAUCUUUGCUAUUGUCUUAACUAUGAAGAGCAAGAAUAAAUCAGAAAGUGCUACAAAGAAAAGCAAAGAACUUCAAUCUGAAGCACCUUUAAAAGACGAAGGCAUAGAAAUGGCUUAGUGGUGCCACCAGUUCAUCAAAUCAACGUCUUCAUCCUGGCCUUACUAAGAAUUGGUGGUGGGCAGUAACAAACAAUGACAGUACAAAACUAAGUGUUGUUUAUUGUCACUGUUUUGAUCAUGGGAGUGUCACAAUUUGUAUUUUCAUAUAAAUACAUAAAUAAAAAGGCAGGUGUCCAAAUAAAGUUAUGUGCACACACUUUCUUACAAUGACCGGACAUUUGGAACCCUUGCAAUGCCUAUUUAUCUUCCUCAACAUUGCAUUUUUAGGCCUAAGUAAAUUCAGUUUUUGUUGCACACUAUAUGGCGUAGACUAGACCAACAAUAUGUUUAAUAGCUUCCACAAUGUGUUGCAUUUUUUAGUGAAUUCAUGUUUUAGUUUCUAAAGUGUAUUGUGGAAUGGGUGUUGUUGGGUGCAAUAAAAGGAAAUAGAUAAGACCUAUACUUACUAAUCAAUAUAUUUUCUAA